GCUAAGCAGCAACAGGUUGUCGGAGAAGCUCAGCCAUCAAGAACCAAGCCAGCCAGGGCUGAAUCGACAGCGCGGGAGGAGCAUGUUUUGGAGAGAAGAGCGGUAGCCAGAGGGCCAGAGGAGCCACAAAGAGAGGCACGACAGGCGGCCGACAAAUCAGCAGUUGCAGCAAGACAAGCGCGGAAGUUGAGCGUGGCAAACACAGGACCCAUGGCACGGCAAUGGAAUCCCAGCAGAAACCGGACACCUGCAGAGCCCCGCGAACCGGAAUAUCAGGCGACAAGUUGCGAAAUCCACACAGCCACUGCCGACGAUCGCGGAUAUCAGGCGCUGCAAGAACCUCCUGCCGGCGACCUGCGGCCCAAGGAGCAGGUGGCAGAGAAGCCAGUGCCAUUGCCCAAGGAGUUUGCGGUGACGGCCGAGAGCCUGCCGGACAUGGACGAGGAUCUGGAGGAGCUCUGGCAUAUGCCGAUGGAGCCGCCGGUGGAGCGGCCAAAGCACAGGCGCGCCAAGACACCGCCCAUGGACGACUACGACCCACCCAGGUUCGAUGCGCCGCGACGGGUUCUGGCGCCACUGACGCCGCCCGAUGACCGGUCGAUGUCGCCGGAGUACAGUAGACAGCGGCAGUAUUGGCAGCAGGGAAGGGCGGUUAGCAGACACGGGCGCAGCAGGUAUGAUAGGCGGCCGCAAAGUGCGUGUGGGGACCAGGAGAUGAGGCAGCAGAGGUCGCCGCGCAUGCGGACCGCUGGCGUUGUGCCACGACCGGUGAUUGUUGUCUCGCGGCCGCUGGAGGCAGGACGCAUGGAUCCGGUUACUCCCACGUCGCCAGAGCUGCCCAUGUUCAGCCGGCGGCCGACGGUGGACCUGGAGGACAUGAUCGACUACGGCGAUGACUCGGACGAUACCUGAGUCUGUAGCAAGGCCAUAACCUUCUUUCUUCGUAGAUACCAAAAAGCCAAAAGCACAAAAUCGAUUUAUAUGUUAAAAAUUACC